GGUGAUAAUGGCGGCGGCGGCGGCGUUCGGGGCUCUGGGGCUUCGCCUGCUGCGCGGAGCCGCUCGGAGAACAGCGCCCCCUGGCGUCCGGGCAGCCUCAGGACUCACCAAGGACAUGCUGCCCGGGCCCUACCCGCGGACACCCGAGGAGCGGGCGGCUGCCGCCAAGAAAUACAACAUGCUCGUGGAGGACUACGAGCCCUACCCGGACGACGGCAUGGGGUACGGCGACUACCCCAUGCUGCCUAAUCGCUCCCAACACGAGAGGGAUCCGUGGUACGAAUGGGACCAUCAGGACCUCAGGCUGAACUGGGGCGAACCGAUGCACUGGGACUUUGAUAUGUACAUCCGGAAUCGGGUGGACACGUCCCCUACGGCGGUCUCCUGGGACACCAUGUGUAAACACCUCUUCGGCUUCAUUUUCUUCAUGGGCUUCAUGUUCUGGGUCGGGGAAAAGUACCCGAGCUACCAGCCUGUGGGCCCAAAGCAGUAUCCGUAUAACAACCUGUACCUGGAGCAUGGAGGCGAUCCACUGAAGGAACCCGAGCCAGUGAAGCACUACGUUAUCUGAGGACUUUCGGGGGGCUUCCGUUAUUUGCCUGUGCCCCCUAACCGGCCAUCCUCUCUCACUUUGGGCCAGGUCCUUCAAUGCCUGUGGACAGAGUUUCUCUUUAUUAAAUAUUUAAAAAACCUCA